AUGGCUCGUAUUGAAACAGAGCCAGUAAGAAAGACGGGAAAUAUUGCCUCAGAUACGAUAGUCACUACUAAAAAAUACUGUCAAAUUGUUUGCUUCAACCUUGAAGCUAUCAUCCAUUUAGAAAAAUGGGCAGAAGCAGAGGGAUUUAUCAGAGAGAUAAGUGCCAUGAGCGAUGAUAUUGAUAUCCAUUCCACAGUGGCAGAUAUUAUCUUGACCUCAGCACAAGUGCCGCAUGACUACCUUAUACGCAGUCUUCAAGUGCUAGUCAUACAUAUAAAUUCCACCAAACUCCCCGGUUAUAUCAGAUGCAUCUUCGAUAUUUGCAUUCACAACCAUGAGACCAACACGGCACUACUACCUACAUGCGAAUCAGUGCUUGAUCAAGCUUACAUUCAUGCCCAAGAUAUGUCCACUUCUAUAUCCUCCACCAUGCGGGAUGCGAACGAUGAACAACUUGAAGUCUACCCGGACGAAGAAUUGGAAUAUCUGAGCACAACCUCAUUUAAUCUUGCAGUGGACUUGUAUUUGGCGGGACGCCGGGAGGAUGCACAGCGUUGGGCGCGCAAGGCAGUUGGUCUGGCGAGGUUGAUUAGGGAUGGUUGUAAUCGUGGGAGAUUGACUCAGGUAUUGGAAGCGAAGUAUGGAAAAUGGCUUACGUAUGGUGUUGACUAG